AUGGAUUCAGUUUAUUGGGAUAUCUUCCCCGGCGCAGAAGACGCCGAGGACGCGGAGAGCGUAGAGGAAGAGGAAGCAGACGAGGAUGCCAACGCUUGCUCGCCAGACACCAAGGUUCCCUGCGAGAAAUGCAGACGCAACAAACGCUCAUCAUGUAAACGAUGCCGCGAGCGACAGCGACAGCUUCAGCUUCAACACCAGCCAGACUUUCUUAGGAUGGCGCAAGACGCAAUCCCAGAAGUCAUCCUCCAACAACCGCCAAACGACGCCCCAGCAGAAACCGCAACAACACAGAAAAGCACACUUACCGUUCCCCCCGGAGGCCCGAGUUUCGCAGCGGUGUAUACCAACUCCCCGUCGUGGAUGUCGACGUAUACUUCCUCGACGUGCGCGACGACGUAUACCACCACUCACGAACGUUCCCGCAGAGACGGAUUCGGCAGCGGGGAGAAGGACGCCGGGGACGGGUGGCUGGACGUCAGGAGGCGGAGGAGGCCGAGGCCGCCUUAUCCUAGACGUCCGAGGACCGUCGGGCGAUGGGAUCAGGAGGGAAGGUCGUCGAUGGCUGCGGUGACGUCGUCGAUGAUGAGGUCUAGAUGGGGCGAGGAGACGGUGGAGGGGUGGGACGAGGGUGAGAUGGAGAGCGGGAGCUAUUGUGUUGUUGAGGGGGCGCGGUGGGAGGAGCAGAGGUUCAUCACGUCCAGGAGGCAGGCGAAGGCGGUGGGGACGGGGAUGGGGAAGAGCGGCAUGAAGGGCAAGCUGAUGUAG